AUGAGUGACGACGAACAAUCAAGAGAGAGUACAUUGCUGAGCAAAGAUUACAAGCUUGACAAACGAUCACCCUUGACCAUCAGCACAUUGAACAAGAAGAGUGAUCAGCUAUGGCUGUUCAAGCUUCCAAGAAAUUUUGAUAUAAACUCAUUGGAUGACAAGUCUAUUGAUAUUAAGAAUAUCGAGUCGAUUGAAUGCAGUGAUAUCAAGGUGGAUGGAAGAUCAAAUAAGUAUAGAUUGAGACAGGCUAAUGUUAAUGAGGUUUCGUCAUUGGUUAAUAUGUGGGCCAGUGACGAGCAGGAUGGUACAAUGAAGUUGGGUGUACCAUUCAGCAAGUACAUCUGUAUCGAAGAGGUCUUCAAAGUGCCAACGACCAAUGUAACACUGCCACCAACCAAGCAAGCACAACAACCAGAUGGUAUCAAGGGCAUGUUCUUCCCACCAGGUUCAGCUCAAUUCAAGAAGAACUUGAAUGAACAGUCGACAAGAGAUGAGAUACUGAAGAAAGUAAAGGAUUCAAAGUCCAAGAAGAAUAAGUCUAGCACUGUCACAAGCACAAGCACAAACAUCAACACAACUAGCAGCAGUAGCAAGAAGAAGAGCGUUGAGGAGCCAGAGAAGAACACCAACAAGAAGAACAAGAAGGUGGAUGAGGAUGAAGUUAUGGAGGAUGCCAAUGAUGACGACAACAACAACACCAAGAUAUCAAAGUCAAAAGAGUCGUCCAAGGACUCCUCAAAGGACAAGAAGUCAAAGUCAAAGAAGCAAGACUCUGACGAUGAAGAGGAAGAGGAAGAGGAGAAAAAGACAAAGAGCAGCAAGAAGAGCAAGAAGAGCAAGAAGGCAGAGUCUGAUGAUGAUGAGGAAGAGGAGGAGGAGGAAGUCAAGACACCAUCAAAGAAGAACAAGAAGAGCAAGAAGGCAGAGUCUGAUGACGAUGAUGAUGAAGAGGAAGACGAGAAGAAGAGCAAGAAAUCAAAGUCCAAGUCAAAGGAUGACAGCAGCAGCAGUAAAAAGAGAAAGUCAGUCGAGCCAGACAGCAGCGAAGACGACGAAGACAAGAAGAGCAAGAAGAAGAAGAAGCAGAAGUGA